AUGCGAAACUCUUCGCAAGAACUCCCAUCCAAAUAUUGCCACCUAUUAUGGCUAUAUGGAGACGAACGGUCGAGUCUCUGGCUACGCCUCAAGCGAUAUACGUCCACUCUGAUUGAAGCGGUCAAUCCUCAACGCCUUGGAAAAGUCGCUUUCCUUUCAAGUCCGCGCGAACUAGUGAAGGAGAGUAUGAAAGGUAGCCUGGAAGGGAUUUUGGCAGCUAUCAGACAUCUCCACUCGCUUGGACUUGUCCAUAACGACAUCAACCCAGCAAACAUUAUGCUUGACGAAGACGGUACGUUUAUUCUCAUCGAUUUCGAUAGCUGUCGAUAUAUCGGGGAGUCCUUGCGCAACACCGAAACGAAAAGAACCCGCCACUGGCACGACCCUUCUGUUGAUAUUUCGCUGGAGAAAAACGACCUUGACGCUUUCAAAGAUCUACAAAUCUGGCUCACUGGACCGGCGGAUGAAGAAUUCCUGUUUGAAAGAAGUGCUUCUUAG